CUGGGCCGCUGGCACAUUGCUGCUUGCUGUCAGUUCCGUGACGCGUUCCUGGCCGGCAGGAUGCAGGUGGACAUUGGGCAGUUCUUUGCCGAGCACGACAUCGUGCCGGUGCUGAUCGAUCGGGCCCCGUUGGUGUUCGCGAAGGUUGUGUACCGGGCGAAGAAGCUGGUGGACGCAGGGAAGGAGCUACAACCGGUGGAGGUACGGGAGGAACCGAAGGUGGAAUGGUGUGCCGAUCCGACCGCCCUCUACACACUCAUCAUGCUCGAUCCGGACUCACCGAGCCGGAUGGAACCGUGGAACCGUGAGUUCGCCCACUGGCUCGUCGGCAACAUUCCGGGCCGGCACGUCGAACAGGGCGAAACGAUGUUCCAGUACAUUCCGGUGUUUCCGCGAGCCGGCAGUGGAUGCCAUCGGUACAUCUUUCUUAUCUUCCGUCAGCAAUGCUGGAACGAUUAUGCGGCGGUGCCGCGCGUCUCGAGCAAGAACCGCACACCGAGGAUACGGUUCAGCACACGGGAUUUCGCGUAUCGCUACAGCUUGGGCAGUCCAGUGGCCGGCAAUUUUUUCAUCGCACAGUACGAUGACUACGUGCCGGUGCUACUGUCCCACUAUCCGGAUUCGAAUGACUUCUGACAGUCCCCCAUCUGGCCAACCAUCUGGAACCACGAGCUGUUCGCCGUUGACCACGGUCGCAAUCAAUUAUUGGCGCAUCAAACAACUCAACCUCUCUCGCGCUCUCGCACGGAUUCCUUCGGUCCUGCUCUGGCAUCAGCUUCUGGCUGCGAGCUUCGCUUGCUGUGAUCGAACUCCACGAUAGAGCGGAGCGGUGAUCUCGAGCAACUCAUCAUCGAAAACAACUUCAUUGAGGCGCAGCAAUGAGUGGGACCUUGGGCGUAAUGCGGAUGACCUAGACCACCGGCCUGCCGUUGCUGGUGUAAUUGUAACGACAGUGGCCACGGCCAGUGAUGGUCGGUAACUGCGUACCCGUGCACUCGUGGCCACCGGUGAUGAAACAUUAAAACCCGUUAAACCUUUAAUCCUCGUGCCCGAAUAAAUAUUGACCGUAGCCGAUCCGA